CCAAGUACUGGGUACACAUAGGAUAACACACACACUGUGCUACUUACCUUUAUGUGCUGGGCAUGUACUGGUAUGCAUGGGUAUGUCAACUCAGGUGCUCGGUGUAUUUUUACUUUUAGUGACGCCUGCGUGUGCUUUGGCUCCUUUCAAGGACUGUAGCAAGAUGUCUUCGUCAGAGAUUCACAACUGGCCGAUAUUACUGGCCAGCUUCACGGUGAACUGUCUGACCAAGGGCAUGGCCACCUCUCUGGGCGUGUUCUACAUCGAAUGGUUCAGGGAGUUCCCGGACAGCUCGGCGCAGGUUGGCGGACUCUCCAUCUCGGUGAUGGUCAUGCUCCUGUGUACUUCGCCUUUGGCCGGUGCCCUGGCCCAGUGCUAUGGCGUGCGCCCAGUGGUGGCAGCUGGGGCCUGCCUGUCGUCUGCUGGACUUCUCCUCGCGUCGUUCGCCCGCGAUAUCUCCGUCUUGUUUACUACCAUUCCCUUCAUGGCGGGUAUCGGCUUUGGGAUGUCCCACAUGGGGGUCCUCUUCAUCAUCAGUGAGCUCUUCCACGAGCACUACGCCACGGCCAACGGCAUCACCUUGACAGGCACUAGCGUGGGCACCAUAGUCAUGCCCAUCCUGAAUAGCUUCCUGAUAGAGCAGUACGGCUGGCGCGGCGCCCUCGUUGUCCUGAGCGCCGUGGAGGCCAACCUGUUGGUGUGCGCUGGACUGCUGAGGGCUCCGGCAGGCGAAAGAGCCCAUUCAAAAUCGCAGAGCGGCGAACAGUGCGACCGAGGAAACAAUGGAAGUUUGACGCAUCGGGAGACGGAGGGGGUAUUUAGAUAUAAACAGCUUUUAGAGAGCGCUGAUGAGUCUGAAGAUGAUGCCAUUGGUCAAACCAACAAAUUCUCUGUCAGCUCCUCACAGGAUCACAGUAAACAGGAGAGAUCGACUACGAUGGUCACAAGGUUCUUGUUCCUUUCAGGCCUAUCCCUCCUCUGGACCAACCGGGUCUACGUGAGCUUCCUGCUAGCCGCCGUCACCAACACUUCGAUCAUGGGUGUCACCCUAGCGUACAUCGUCGCCCGGGCUGAGUCGGUAGGUGUGCCCACCCUCCAGGCUACCUCCCUGAUCUCGGCCAUCGGGAUCGCCAACAUCGCCAGCCGGAUGACCCACGGCUGGCUGGUGGACACUGGCCAGGUGCAUCCCGCGUACGUGUACGGCGCCGCCGUCGCGCUGUCCGCCGUGGCUGGGCCCAUCAUUGCCUCGGUUGAGAGCUACCCGUGGUUCAUGGUCUGUGCUGUGCUGGUCGGCCUGUCAGCAGGAGCAUUUAUCCCCAUGCAGAUCACAAUAACUCGGCAGAUUGUCGGGCAAGAGAGAUUCCCUGGAGGAUCGGGAGUCAGCCUGGUUUUUGCUGGUAUCGGUGACUUCUCGUCGGCACUUAUGGCUGGCCACUUGCAUGAUGUCACCAACAGCUACAGCGGAGGUUUCAUCAUGAUGGGCAUAGUAUCCGGAAUGAGCACAGCCCUGACUUUCUUCCUGCAUCUGACUUGGACCAGACUUAUCCCUGAUGACCGCUGGCCAAGAAUUUCGCCCGCUGCCUAACGAGGAAAUGCCGGCUGAUUGAUCGGUCAUCCUUGGAUUGACUACCUCAAAAGACUUUGCAUAAACUCAGUGACUGUUUUGGAGGCUCCGUAUUUCUUUGAAUGUGUGGGUUUUCAGUAAAAUGCAUUCAAACAAUGAUAGAGUUGUCGGUCUUAACGUUUGGACAUAAUAAAUUUCUGAGCCGGCUCUCAAAUUCAAUGGACAGAUGUAUGUCACUAUAACCUGCUAGGUUUUAAGCUUCCAAAACAGCUUAAACCUAACACCAUAGAGUCAGCCAAAGACAAGGGCCCAAUUUCACGCAGAACAAUAAUUGCACAAUACUAUAGCCGAAACUUUAGCCUACCAUGAGCACUAUUUCAUGGGGAUGCUUCGCAUGGCUGCACCUACGGUUGCACCCACAUAGAGAUUUUCGCUGUUUUGUUACAACAUUAAGCAAAUUUUUCCUCCGAGGUAAGCAUACCUUUUGCCGUGCUUAUUGCUUACGGUCUCCAUGAAAUAUGCACAGAUUCUCUUGGCAAAAAAGAAUGUGCUUAGCAGUGCCGUGAAAUAGAGGCUUUGCCAUCUUGCAGGGCAGUUCUUUUGUCCCACGGAAAUACCUCCUUUGUGCAUGGCCUGAAUAACAGAAGCACUGGGCCUAAUGUCAUGGUGCGCUUAGCAGUUAACAGAAAAGGCAUGCUUUCCAUAGCAGAAAAAUUUGCUGAAAAAUUUGCUUAGCAGAAAACCUUAAGCGCUAUUUCAAGGCAGUGCUUCACCUGGUUGUGCUCACAGUUCUGAGAACGCAGAGAUGUUCAGUUUUUUGUCACUGGCAAAUAUUGCCUCCAAGGUAAGCGUGCCUUGUGCCAUGCUUACUGCUUACAGUCUCCAUGAAAUAUGCAGAGCCUCUGUUAGCGUAAAAAUGCAUGCUUAGCAUGGCCGUGAAAAUGGGCCUUGGCCUGAAAGAUGGCUGCCGUGGACACCCUCUAUUGGGCCCAGGUCCUUACCCUCAUGCAUCAUGGGGCCAGCCCUUUCUCCAUCUCCUGAAUGGCCUCCGACUGGGCCUCCACCUGGUCAUUGAGGACACUGAUCUGCAGCAGGAGGGACUCCUUGUCGCCCUCCAGGCGCUGGACCUGGUCCGAGGACGCCAAGGGUAGUCCGUUCACCUGCAACCAAACAACAGCGCACAGGUCAAUUAGAGACCCUUCUCUGUUCUCGGAAUAUGCUGAUACACACUGGCAUGCCUUGUCGCUCUCCAGAUGCCAAAUCUGGUCUGAGGGUAUCGGGGGGGGGCCCCAUUCACCUGUUCUCGGAAACAAACACCUGGGUCAGUUAAAGCAUGCCCUAUAACACUUAAGACGCUGAUCUGCUCUUUAAAGUUUUCCAUGUCACUCUCCUGCAACUGAUUGGAUCUAAAGCAGUCUCAAAAAAUAAAUUAGGAAUUUUCAAUGUUUAUUUUUUGGGGGUCACACAUGUAAUUAGAAACCUUUUUUUAUAUUUUUGUUAUAUACCAGAGGCACUGGAGUGAGAGGCCUUCAGGUCACAGAUGUUAACUCAACUUUUUAAAACUCCUAGUAUGUGCCACUGGUUUUUGUUUGUUUGUUUGUUUUUGUUUUUUUGGUUUUUUUUUUAAAUUUAUGCUGCUGGUUUGUUGUCUGUUUUUACGACAUGUCAAAUAAAUAAAAAAAUACUGAUAACGAGUAAACACUCAUUGGUUAUAAACCACAGAGCUGACCAUUGGCACAUUAAACAAACAUUCUAAACAUAAUAAUCUGAAUGUUGAAAUUAAGGAUGAUAUAAAUUGGAGAAUGUGACCCGGUUAAACUACCGGUAUCUUGGUGUAUGGUCCAAUCAGUAUCUAAAAUCUCGACAACUUGGAGUAUUGAAAUGUUUGGGUUGGUAGGUUAACCAUUACCAGUAUACACGUAAUAAAUUGUAUAAGCCUAAACCUCUAAUUGGCUGCUGCUGCUGCAUUUUGGACUUAGGGUGCUUAUAAAUACGUUAUUAACAAACUUCAGAUUUUACAAAACCAAGCAGUAAAUUUAACAACAGGCUAAUUACAAUCUGCAGGGUGGGAGUGGCCACUUGAAAUUAAAGCUGAAAACUGCUAGCCAAAAGCUGAAAUAUAAAAAGUUCCCAUAAUUUUGUGCAG